UGGCUGCUCUGUCUUUUGCUUUUGAGUUACCACCACCUGCAUUACUUCUCCUUUCCCAUUCUUCUGAACAUCCCUCUUUAGCAUUCUUUUUUGUUUUCCUUCUCUACAAUUCACUUCCCUUCAUUCCUUCAAAACACAUCUCGUCUCAUCCCAACACCUAUUCUCCAUUUACAGUCCUCUGUCUUGUCUGAAUUCUGAAUCCAAUGAUCAUAAUAUAGAUCAUAGAAUUUCAAUUAUGGGAACUCCGGUAAACAUCGUAGUUGGAUCACAUGUGUGGGCAGAAGAUCCAGAUAUUGCAUGGAUUGAUGGAGAAGUAACAGAGAUCAAAGGGAAUAAUGCUACCAUAGUUACUACAAAUGGAAAAACAAUUGUGGCCAAUCUCUCCAGUAUUUACCCAAAAGACAUGGAAGCACCACCAGCUGGUGUUGAUGACAUGACCAAACUAGCCUAUCUCCAUGAGCCAGGAGUCCUACAGAAUCUUGCUUCUCGGUUUGCUCUCAAUGAGAUAUAUACUUACACAGGGAACAUCCUAAUAGCAGUGAACCCUUUUCGAAGGAUACCACAUUUGUAUGACGUCCAUAUGAUGGAACAGUACAAGGGAGCUGCUUUUGGAGAGCUCAGUCCCCAUCUUUUUGCUGUUGCAGAUGCUUGUUACAGGGCAAUGAUCAACGACCAAGGAAGUCAAUCCAUCCUAGUAAGCGGAGAGAGUGGGGCUGGUAAAACAGAGACAACAAAGAUGCUUAUGAGAUAUCUUGCUUUCAUGGGGGGCAGAUCAGGUACUGAGGGGAGGACAGUUGAACAACAAGUUUUGGAGUCCAAUCCUGUCUUGGAAGCAUUUGGCAAUGCCAAAACUGUGAAGAACAACAACUCCAGUCGUUUUGGUAAAUUUGUUGAGAUCCAAUUUAAUAAAUAUGGAAAGAUCUCUGGAGCUGCUGUCCGUACAUAUCUUCUUGAACGGUCACGUGUUUGCCAGGUCUCUGAUCCUGAGAGGAACUAUCAUUGCUUUUACAUGCUUUGUGCAGCACCACCAGAGGAUGUAAAGAAAUUCAAGCUGGGGGAUCCAAGGGCAUUCCACUAUCUAAAUCAAACAAACUGUUAUGAAGUAGAAAAUGUGAAUGAUGCCAGGGAAUAUCUAGAAACCAGAAAUGCCAUGGAUAUUGUCGGGAUCAGCCAGGAAGAACAGGAAGCAAUAUUCCAGGUAGUAGCUGCAAUCCUUCAUCUUGGGAACAUUGAGUUCAUCAAAGGAAAGGAAGUAGAUUCUUCCAAAUUGAAGGAUGAGAAAUCACUCUUCCAUCUUCAGACUGCUGCUGAGCUGCUCAUGUGUGAUGAGAAAGCCCUAGAAGAUUCACUUUGCCAGCGUGUCAUAGUUACACCUGAUGGUAACAUUACGAAACCUCUUGAUCCGGCUUCAGCUGUAUUAAAUCGCGAUGCCCUCGCAAAGACUGUGUACUCUAGGCUAUUUGACUGGAUUGUGGAUAAAAUCAACAGUUCUAUUGGUCAGGAUCCUAGUGCAGAGAACAUAAUUGGAGUUCUUGACAUCUAUGGAUUUGAGAGCUUCAAAGUUAACAGUUUUGAGCAGCUCUGCAUCAACCUCACAAAUGAAAAGUUGCAACAACAUUUUAAUCAACACGUAUUUAAAAUGGAGCAAGAAGAGUACACAAGGGAAGAGAUCAACUGGAGUUACGUAGAGUUCGUAGAUAACCAAGAUGUGCUGGAUCUUAUAGAGAAGAAACCAGGAGGGAUAAUCGCUCUUCUUGAUGAAGCAUGUAUGUUUCCCAAGUCCACCCAUGAGACAUUUGCACAAAAGAUGUAUCAGACAUAUAAAGGACAUAAGCGCUUCAGCAAACCAAAGCUUGCUCGGACAGACUUCACCAUCAACCAUUAUGCUGGUGAUGUUACCUACCAAGCAGAUCAAUUCCUAGACAAAAAUAAGGAUUAUGUUGUAGCAGAACAUCAAGCUCUAUUGAAUGCCUCCAAGUGCUCUUUUGUUGCAAAUCUCUUCCCUCCAUUGCCUGAGGAAACGUCAAAGCAAUCCAAGUUUUCAUCAAUCGGCACCCGUUUCAAGCAACAAUUGCAAUCUUUAAUGGAAACUUUAAGCACAACGGAGCCGCACUACAUCAGAUGUGUAAAGCCAAACACUGUUUUAAAGCCUGGAAUCUUCGAAAGUUUCAACGUAUUAAACCAGUUAAGAUGUGGGGGUGUCCUAGAGGCAAUUAGAAUAAGUUGUGCUGGGUAUCCCACAAAGAGAACAUUUGAUGAAUUCCUUGAUCGUUUUGGAAUGCUUGCUCCGGAUGUUCUAGAUGGCUCUGAUGAAAAAUCAGCCUGUAUAGCCAUCUGUGACAGAAUGGGUUUGAAGGGCUACCAGAUUGGGAAAACAAAGGUGUUUCUCAGAGCUGGGCAGAUGGCUGAAUUAGAUGCAAGACGAAUUGAAGUCUUAGCUAAUGCUGCAAGACGCAUCCAGAGGCAAAUCCGCACUUACCUCACUAGGAAGGAGUUCAUUGCCCUACGGCAGGCCACCAUUCAUUUACAGAAACGAUGGAGAGGGCGGCUUGCACGCAAGUUAUAUGAACAUAUGAGAAGAGAAGAUGCCUCAAUUCGAGUGCAAAAACAUGCACGUGCUCAUACAGCUAGAAAAGCAUAUAAAGAGUUGCGGGCAUCGGCAAUAGUUAUUCAAACUGGUUUGCGUGCAAUGGCAGCUUACAAGGAAUACAGUUACAGAAAGAGAACCAAGGCUGCAAUCAUUGUUCAGACUCGGUGCCGUAGAUUCCAAGCUCUUUCUGCUUACAAACAGAAGAAAAAGGCUGCUAUUACACUUCAGUGUCUCUGGAGGGCUAGGGUAGCAAGGAAGGAACUUAGAAAGCUAAGAAUGGCUGCUAGAGAAACAGGAGCACUUAAAGAAGCGAAGGAUAAACUGGAGAAGCGUGUUGAAGAGCUGACAUGGCGACUAGAAUUCGAAAAGCACAUGAGGGUUGACCUUGAAGAAGCAAAAGGUCAAGAGAUUGCAAAAUUACAAUCUGCUUUGCAUGAAAUGCAAGAGCAAUUGGAUGAAGCUCAAGCUGCAAUCAUCAGGGAGAAAGAAGCAGCAAAAAUAGCCAUUGAACAAGCACCUCCAGUCAUCAUAGAAGUACCUGUUGUUGACAACACCAAGCUAGAGUUCCUGACAAACCGCAAUGAGGAACUUGAGGAUGAGUUAAGUGAGUUAAAGAAGAGGGUUGAAGAAUUUGAAAGAAGAUAUUCUGAGGUCCAAAGAGAAAGUGAAUCAAGGCUUAAAGAGGCAGAAGAAUCACAAUCAAGAGUAUCUCAGUUGCAAGAGACUAUUGAAAGACUAGAAUUGAACUUGUCCAACUUGGAAUCUGAGAACCAGGUUUUGCGUCAGCAAGCUUUGGUUGCAUCAACAAAUGAUGAGCUCUCUGAAGCAGUGAAGAUCCUUGAGAGCAAAAUUGCAAAGUUGGAGUCUGAGAAUGAAAUCCUUCGCAAUCAGGCACCUGUCAUAGUAGAGAAAUUGGUUACAACUGACCAGAUGCAGCCAGAAGUUACCAAGAGUUUUGAAAAUGGACAUCAAACAGAAGAAGUUAAGACAACAAAAGAGUCAACACCUCUUGUAAUUCCCCUCAGUAAACAAAAAUCCCUAACAGACAGGCAACAAGAAAACCAUGACACACUUAUAAAGUGUCUAGUGGAAGAUAAGCGAUUUGACAAGAACAGGCCCGCUGCUGCUUGUAUUGUCUAUAAAUCACUUCUUCAGUGGAGGUCCUUUGAAGCAGAAAAGACAAACAUAUUUGAUCGAAUUAUUCACACAAUCCGUUCAUCUGUUGAGAAUCAGGAGAACAUAAGUGAACUUGCAUACUGGCUCUCUACAACAUCUACCCUUUUGUUUCUUCUACAAAAUACACUCAAGGCAGGCAAUUCAUCAAGCACACUUUCCCACCGUAGCAGAACCUCACCAACCACCUUGUUUGGUAGAAUGGCUCAAGGCCUUCGCUCAUCACCAUCAAGCAUGGGGAUUUCAAGUGGCUACAGUGGAAUGGUAGGAAAGCCAGACAUCCAAUCAAGAGUUGAAGCCAAAUAUCCUGCUCUACUAUUUAAGCAACAUCUAACUGCAUAUGUUGAGAAAAUAUAUGGGAUGAUCCGGGACAGUUUGAAGAAAGAGAUUACUCCAUUCCUGAAUCUGUGUAUACAGGCACCAAGAUCUGCGAGGGCUAGAUCAGUAAGAGGGUCAUCUAAAAAUAUCCAUUCAAAUAUGGUUGCAAAGCAACAAGCAUCAAGCAUACAUUGGCAAAGCAUUGUUGGGUGCCUAGAUCGUACCUUGGGUAUAAUGUGUAAUAAUUAUGUCCCUUCCAUGAUCAUAAGGAAAACCUUCUGUCAGGUGUUCUCCUUCAUAAAUGUGCAGCUUUUCAACAGUUUAUUGCUUCGCCGUGAAUGUUGCUCAUUUAGCAAUGGAGAAUAUGUAAAAGCUGGCUUACAAGAACUAGAGCAGUGGUGCUCCAAAGCAACAGACCAGUUUGCCGGACCAUCAUGGGAUGAACUCCAGCAUGUGAGGCAGGCAAUUGGAUUUUUGGUUUCACAUCAAAAGCCUCAGAAGUCCUUGGAUGAGAUCACUAAUGAAAUUUGCCCGGUUUUAAGCAUUCCACAGAUAUAUCGCAUUGGAACAAUGUUCUGGGAUGACAAAUAUGGGACCCAAGGAUUAUCUCAAGAUGUUAUUGGCAAGAUGAGGACUCUGAUGACAGAAGAUUCAAUUAGCAUGCCAAAUAAUUCUUUCUUGCUCGAUGUCGAUUCAAGCAUACCUUUCUCUCUGGAAGAGAUAUCAAGAGCCUUUCUUGACAUAAACCUAUCCGACGUCGACCCACCUCCUCUUCUCCGUCAGAACUCCGAGUUCCAUUUCCUGUUGCAGCGAACAGAUUGAGAAACCCAUUUCUGUGGCACCGCCACCACCAACAUACAAAAAAGAAUACAGAUGAAGGAAAGAAAGAUUGUUAAUUUUUAUAUAUUGUUUUCUUUUCAUUCUUUUUUAACAAGUGAACGAGUGUUCGGAAUGUAAAUUUUCUUUUUUUUUUUUGUUUACAUCAACAAUUUUUCCAUUCAGAGUUGUGCCACUGGAUUGAGGCAUUCAGAGUGAUUCUUUUAUAGUGAAGAGUGAAGACAAGAAUGUUUUUUUCCUCUUUUUUUUAAUUUUUGGAAUGCAAUUAAAAAAGGAAACAAGAAAGAGAGAGUAUUUGUU